AAAAUAGUUAUAGUUUAUUAAUAAAGAAAAAUUUAGUUCUUUGCUUCAAAAAUGUUUAAAACUUCUUUAAAGACUUCCAACACGAGACUUCCGCUCCAACCUUUAAAUUUCCCGACAUCAAAAAGAAAAAGUAAUUAUUUAUUGAACCCUGCUUUUCGAGAGAAAUGGCCAAAGAAGAAUUUAAAGCUGAAGCCGUUCAAAUUUUGUUGUUCUCUGGAUCGUUUCAAUCCUCUUUCGCGAUACGAUCAACGAAAGCCACCCUAUAAAUCUUCACUAACGGCAAUAACUUCUGUGCACGAAUGUCCGGUGGCUAAAAUGCAAAUAAAAUUUUCCAUGUCCCGACUUUCUCAGGAGAGAAAGAGACUAACCAAAACAAGAAUGUCAGCUGCAGGAGAACAGCAACAACCAUUAAAGAACGGUGAAUUAAAUUAUUUGCAGAUCAGCAAAAAUAAUCGCUUUAUAAAGCAGUAUCUAGAAGAUGAAAUUGCAUUGGGAAAAAAUAUUUUCUGGGCAAAAAAGAAAAGAAUUUAUAAGGAGGCAAACAACAAGGCGAUAAACAUAGCCAAGAAGAAAAAUAAGAAAUUAUUAAAACUGAUGCAAUAUCCACGAUGGUACCAAGAUUUUUCCCCGGAUCAAUUGAAGCAUUUAAUGAAAUUGGAAAAUGUAAUGCUCACCGAUUACGAAGAGACAAAGACAAAGGGCACGCAAACGACACUAAUAGCUAUUGGCGUCAUUUCAACGUUGUUUAAAUUAAAGCCGAGUACUAUAAACAAAUUACAUAAAUCAUGCAAAUUCAAUAGCGUCAAUUUUCUACGAGAAAUUUACAGAAUCUUAACGGGAAAUGAUUUCUGUGAAGAGGGAUAUAAGAAAGUUUAUAAUUGCAAUGAGAGAAUAAUAUUGUCGGCUAUUGCAUUUUUAACAUUGCCAGAAACAGUGAAGGAAUUACAUAAGAGAUUGCCAGCAGUGACUAUGCCAAGAUUACCAUCGAAACCACAACUAACGACAUAUCUGAAACAAAAAGAUAUCUGUCCUUACAAGGAAGAAUUGUUUAAACGUCCCGAUUGGGCUGGUUAUCGAAAUGCUUUACAAAAAUGGCGAAAACAUUGUAAAUUAAUUGCAAUUCCGAAAGUAAAUUUGCUACUGAAUGAAUAUGGUCAGUUUUUUAUUGAUGAUAGAUCAGAUGUUAAAGAACGGAGAAAAAAUAUUUCCACUGAACAUUUCAAAGAAAUCGGUACAAAGGAAUUACAAAAAAUUUCCUCAACUAUAUAUGAUCAGAAAGAUUCCUCAAGAGAAAGAUCUUUAGAAUCAGCAAGUUUGAAUAUUUUUCAACCGGCAAACGUCAGUAAAUCUAGUUCCAGGAUUCUUAGCAAAAAGCCAGAAACCGUUGAAUAUAAAAUUUAUGGUCCGCCGAAACCGCCAGGAGCAGGUAAAAAAUCUUGGCUGGGAGAAAAGGAGGCUCAUUAUAUGAUAGCUAGAGUAUCCCCUAAAAAUUUAGAUGAUUAUCCUGUAACUUACGAGAUCGCAGGCGUAGUCAAUGUGACACCCAGCAACAGCGAUGAAAAAUUCUUUGCGAUGCUGAAACUCAGUGACCAGACCAAAAAGAUUUUUUCCAGUGGCAGAGAAAAUCUAUCAAUAAAUUGGCAAGAAUGGCUGCAAAAGGCCGAUGAAAGCUAUAAACAAUUGGAGGAAGAAACUGAUGAGUUAAUCAACAGUGUGCAGGCAAUUUUAAAAUCGGUAUUUCCACCUUUUUGCGAUAGUUGCUGUUCCUGUCGACAAACUAGAAAAUUUGAAGAACAAUUGCAACAAAGCGAGAUUAGCAAGGCAUUAAUUAAUGAAGAGGAAAAUAUACAUAUUGCUGAUUCGAUGGCGACACAAUCUUCAGAACAAAAUCCAAUAGAAUUACCGAUUAAUCAGGUUGCUGAGGAUGAGAUUACAACAAAUAUAAUUCACCCUAUUAAAAAUGUUCCACCUUGUUCAUGUUCUAUUCAGCAAAUGACUCAUAAGGAUGUUAGUCUAUCUAUAAACAAGGAAAACAUUCCUUGGACAAAAGAAGGAUUGUGUCCCGGAAAGAUGUAUAGACCAAAAGAACCAGGUGCAUAUUCUUGCAAAAUGUAUCCUGAAGAUAAAUUCUGUAGGCAUAAUCCUUUCAUGAAGGAAAUAAUCAAUAUGGAAAGAAGAAAAAUAGAAAAACAAAAAAGAGAAGAAGAAGAAGAAGAAGUAAAAAAAAAGACAAAAUUCAUUGAAGAGAUUAAAAACGAGAUUCAACUUCCAGUAAAAGACAUUAUAAAGAAAAAUAAAGAUAAAUUUAUUCCUAAUCCUGAUUAUCCUGCUUAUGAUGAUUCUUGGAAUAUAUUACGAACUGCGCCCUCAGAAAUAAUUAAAACAGAUUAUGAAGCAGACAUGAAGUUGACAUCUCCAGAAUGGCCUACAACUUCUUUACCAUUAAAAAUGCAAGAGAGGCAAAAUGACAUCUUCUCGAAGAAAAUAAAAAAUGAUACUUUAGCCGAGAAAAUUGAUACAAAAAUCUUCUUAAAAUUAUCGAAAAAUCUUCAAAAAGAAAUAAGCAAAGGAAAAAAAGAAAUAAAAAAUAAAAACAACCCAAAAAUAGAAUCGAUACCUUUAAAGAAAAUGACAUUUAAUAAAAAAGAUACAAAACUGUUGAAUACAACUUCCGGAUCGAUGACAAUAUCCAAAACGGAAAAGAAACAACAAAUGAGAUCAGCAUUACAUAACAAUCCAACUGAGCAAUCUAACAAAAGUUUUAAUAAGCUAACUGAACAUAGUUUUGUGAACAAAAAUGAAAAGAAAAAUACAGUAAAUAAAGCUGAGAAAAUUGAAAAUCGCAAACGAGAAAUGGCACGGUUAAAGAAUAUGUUCAAAUCUUCCGCGGGAAUUUUAGGAAAUAUCCAGCCGGCGGUUCUCCCAGAAGAAUUAUUGGCAAUUAGUCAACAUAAUCCAGAAAAGAAAACUGAAAAGAUAGAUUUUUCAACUAUUGAUGACGAAGAAGAGAUACGUGGAAUCAAUAAAGAACCUUGCGGUUGGAGAACGAAGACGGAGCAGGAACUUCCAGCGAAAAAGACUGUGGCCUAUCUCUGCGAGCCGGAUUAUCCUCUAGAAACAAUGGCGGUACGUCCUGGAGGACGAUCUUGCCCAUGUAGAGAAAAUAGAAACAAAAAAAAGAUUCUUAUGUAUAAUAUAAGUGGUUUGGUUGAGAACAAAAGAGAUGAAAGAACAGCUAGCAAAAAUAAAUUAAAGGAAGAGAAUAGAAUAAUUGACGGUGUCCUUUACGUUACGCCACCCAUUAGUCCCCGAAGAAGUGACGAAUAUGUUCCAGAAUAUGAUCUUCUCGAAUCGCCAUACGACAUGUGUGUUAGCAAAGCUAUGGAUGAAAGGUUGAAGCUAAUAGAAAAGUAUUCCGGACCCAAAAGUUUGAUAGAAAAAAUACGGAAAAAACCAAAAUCAUGCAAUUGUUGUAAUAAUGUCGUCAUCAAAGAAGACUACCUUAUCGAACAGAAAAAAAAUCUUGAAGAGACUAGAAAAAAGUUUAUGGAAUCCAAAUCACCGGAAGAAAGAUGGAAGACAGCUCUGAAGGAUGCAGCACUGACAAAUUAUUUUACGCAGCGCGACAAUAACAUACCUUGCUCGACGACUUGCAAGAAAAUUGCUCGAAGUUACAGACCUCGUCAAUUGAAGGUAGUAAAACCCGUGUGUGAAUGUAAAUAUGAAAGAAAAAUUGUGGAGCGAAAUGAAGAAAGAAUGAAAUGGAAGGCACGUCAACAAAGAUUGAAGAAUUUGGAGAAGCAAUCUUUCAUGCAUAUUGUCGAUAUCUCAAGACCGAUGAUAGAGGAUAAAAAGUUUAUUAUACCAGAUGUGAAGAGAAUCCCGCGCGAGGACGAGAAAGAUGACAUUAAGUAUUGUACAGGUGUGACAGAAGACAUUUCUAUGUCGCCACCUCAGAAAAUAAUUGACGGUCUGAAAAUGUCUACGCCCUUCCAAACACCCUCAUCCAGUGAAGAAGAUAUUUUACCAACUGCUGUUUUGCAUCGACAUUGGUCGCCCAUGAAUAUUCCACCAGGUCCGUUGCCGACGAAGAACACCGCCUUAAAAGAAGAAAUUGAGCGUAAAAAGAAAGUUAGAGAUGAAGCAUUAAAGUUUAUGUACGGGGAUAAGGACGAGCAAGAUACAUCUUAUUUAACAACUCAUAAUUACCAAGAUGAAUUGUUUAAAAAAGUUGAUAAGAGAAUAGAUAAUACAAAGGAAACUACUGGCAAAAUAAUUCGUGAAAAUAAAUAUUCUAAGGAAAUUAUUAUCGAGGUCGAUCAGCAAAAUAUAUCACACAAACAAAUCAAAAAGACAAAAGAAAAGAUUAACAAUAAGAGUCAUCGCUUAAGUGGCGAUAGCGAUAAGAAAUAUGUAUACAAAUUUGAUCAACUUAUAGCGAUAAUGAAGGUCGAAUUGAAGAAAAUGGCUGCAGAAGGUUAUACAUUCGCCAAGUUACCGAAAUGUUAUCUAAUGCCGCAGCUUCAGGAUUGGGUCAUGUACAGGCAGGGUGUUGUUUUCUCGGAAACAGACAAAAAAAAUUUGAUGGAAGAUACCCGUGCCAUAUGGAAACUAACAACUAAAAAAAUGUGGAAUUCUGUGAAACUAUGGAAAUCAUUGCACAUAGCGAAACAUCAAUUGGAGAGAGUAACCUUCGAUCAAGUCGAGAGAACCAAGAAAAAGAUUGAAAAGAUCAAAGAAGUAUUCCGCAAUGAAGUACGUAAAAUACGCGUUGCUUAUGCUCGUAUGAUAUGGAGUACCAUGGAGCAAGGAAAAUUCCCUUCCGCGUCGUUCAAAAGAACUUUUUUCACGUAUAUGGCUAGCAAAGAAGCCGAUGGACACGUUUAUAAACCAUGGUGGCCUUACGAAAUACGCGCACAAGAUCUUAGAUUUUGUUGUCAAUAAUUGUUGAUUAAUUUACGGUUAUCAGUUAUUCAAUAUAGUUUAUAUAGUUAAAUAUUGACAAUAUUAAAAAAUUUUAAUAGUAUAUU